AAAGAGAAGGGCGAACCAUUUUCUCUCUUAGCUAGUAGUAGGUAAAUCGUUAGCUUUCUGGUCAAGCUCUUACAUGUAAAUGUUUCAGCCAUAGACGUAGCGUUUUGCAGGGCUUCAACCGACGUCCAGUGGAGAAGCAUUGUGCAAUUUACUAAUAAGUGUUCAAAAUUAAGGUAUUCAUUGAUUGUCAGGCUGUUUCAAGGAAUGGGAGGAGAUAAACGGGUGAGUCGCUCUGAGCGCAGUGGGCGAUACGGUUCAGAGCAGUCCCGGGAUGAGUCUAACUGGAGGGAUCGACGAGACCGAGAUCAGGAUCGGGGCUACGACUCCCAUCGCUGGGGUGAAGAUCGUCGCAACGACCGUCAUGGAGACGGAGAAAGAUGGUGGGGCCGGGACAGUCCUGAGAGGGGGAGGAAAAGGCGCGGCAGCGAUGGCUCAGAUGAUGGCCACCAUUCGGAUGGUGAUUACUGUGAGCAGGACUACAGGGGUGAACCCGGCGAAGAGAAGGAGAGCAAAACCAUCAUGCUACGGGGCCUGUCACUCAACGUAACCGAACAGGAUAUCCGGACAGCUCUGGAGCUGCUGGAGGGACCCCAGCCAAUGGACAUCCGCCUGAUGAAGAAGAGAACAGGUAUAAGCCGAGGUUUCGCCUUCGUGGAGUUUUAUCACUUGCAAGAUGCUACCAGAUGGAUGGAGACCAAUCAGAAACUGCUGAUCAUCCAGGGGAAGAGUGUGGCCAUGCAGUACAGCAACCCUCGUCACAAGUUUGAGGACUGGCUCUGCAACUCUUGUGGCCUGUACAAUUUCCGGAGAAGGCUGAAGUGCUUCAGGUGUGGCGCUGCCAAAGCAGAUGCUGACACCCCCAGUACCACUGGCUCCACUGAUACACAGUCCAGCGGAGAUUACUAUGGCGACACUAUCAUCCUGAGGAACAUCGGCCCUUUGUCAACAGUCGAGGGCAUUAUGAAUGCCCUGGCGCCCUACGCCAACCUUUCAGCAGGAAACAUCCGUCUCAUCAAGGACAAGCAGACAGGCCAGAACCGUGGCUUUGCUUUCGUCCAGCUCUCUUCCCCCCUGGAGGCCUCCCAGCUGCUCACCAUCCUGCAGGGGUUGCAGCCGCCCCUCAAGCUAGACGGCAAGACCAUAGGUGUGGACUAUGCCAAGAGUGCCCGCAAGGAUCUGCUGCUGCCAGAUGGGAACCGUGUCAGUGCUUUCUCUGUGGCCAGCACUGCCAUCGCUGCAGCCCAGUGGUCCUCUCAGCCUCAGCAGGCGGAUACAGAAUCUGAGUACAGCUACCUGGAAGAGGGCUAUGUGCCUUUCACACAGGAAUACCAGGCUUAUUACCAGCAGCAGGCCGUGGCACCAGACCCCAACCAGGGCAAUGGCAUCCUCGGAGCUGUGUUCUGUCCCCCAGCUGCCCCAGGAGUCAAAGUGGUCCCCGCGUCCUCUGUGGUGAUCUCGCAGACGGCUCAGGUGUACCAGCAGCCGCAUUUUGUUGGUCACCCUGGCCAGUCUUUGCUGGGUGUGCCCGGGGUGGACGGGAAGCCACAGUCUGGUGCCACAUCUGCUGGGGACAGAACGGUUCCAGACACCUACCAGUAUGAUGAGUCCUCGGGCUAUUACUAUGACCCCCAGAGUGGCCUUUACUACGACCCCAACUCACAGUACUACUACAACUCUCAGACACAGCAGUACCUGUAUUGGGACAGUGAACAACAGUCAUACAUGCCGGCGACGGACGCCAACGCCCAGGCGGCUGCCGCAGGCACCUCUGGCUCACCGCCCAAAGAGCCCAAGGAGAAGAAGGACAAGCCCAAGAGCAAAACUGCCCAGCAGAUUGCUAAGGACAUGGAGCGCUGGGCCAAGAGCCUAAACAAACAGAAGGAGAACUUCAAGGGCAGCUUCAAUCCCAUCUGCCAUGAGGAAAGGAGAGAGGCGGCCGCGGCCGAUGCCGGAUUCACCCUGUUUGAAAAGAAGCAAACGGGAGCCCUGGACCGACUCGUGUGUGAGGCAGCCAGGGCCGCCGAGGAGGAGCCACCACAACCGCAACCGCCCCCAAGCACGUCCAAGGUGGGGCUGGUGGCUGCCUACAGUGGGGACAGCGAGCCGGAGGAGCUGGCUGAGCCAGACCGAGGGGAGGACGGGGAGGACAAGCUGACCGACUGGAAGAAGCUGGCCUGUCUGCUCUGCAGGAGGCAGUUCCCCAACAAAGAGGCGCUGCUCCGCCACCAGCAGCUGUCUGACCUCCACAAGCAAAACUUGGAGGUGCACAGGCGCUCAAAGCUGACUGAAGAAGAGCUAGAGGAACUGGAAAGGAAAGAAACUGAGAUGAAAUACAGAGACCGAGCGGCUGAGAGGAGAGAAAAGUACGGUAUCCCAGAACCCCCUGUUCCCAAGAAGAGGAAGUUCACCCCACCUCAGCCAGUUGUGAACUACGAGCAACCCACAAAGGACGGCCUGCAGAGUGACAACAUUGGCAACAAGAUGCUGCAAGCCAUGGGCUGGAGAGAGGGUAGUGGGCUGGGCAGGAACCAGCAGGGAAUCAUCGCCCCCAUCGAGGCUCAGAUGCGUCAGAAGGGGGCAGGACUUGGCACCAAAGGCAGCCAUUAUGGUGUGGCAGACGGCGCAUCCUACAAGGACGCAGUCCGCAAAGCCAUGUUCGCCCGCUUCACAGAGAUUGAAUGAUCUACCUCUGAAACCUGAUUCUUCCCACGAGCCCCCCAUACAGCCUCAUGACACAGGACCUGCCCACGUGCUCUCACCAUGCAAUAGUUCAACGGCCCUUGCGAUUGUUUUGUUGUAUAUAUGUACAGAGUGUGAUUGUCCCUUAAAAUGUGGAAAUGAUGUGGAUGAUUUCUUUUUUUUUUUUUUCUGAGGGGAGUGUGUGUGUGUCAUGUUGGCAUGAUUGGUGUAUUGUAAAGUUUGUAUGAUACUGGCAUGGUCUCAUUUUUGUACAGAGAAUAAAAGAGACAUAACUUUAAAA